UCAGAUGUAAUCAAGAUGAACUCUUUAACAAGAUUGAAUAAUAUAGAAGAGAGUGUUGUUGAAUCUGUAAACACUGCGGGAAAGGCAUUGGCCUUGUUGUCAAAGUCAAUGGAUCUAAAGGGUGGCGCCACAACAGAUCAGCCACUAAAGGAGUUCAAACAGUUAUCAGACAAGUACUUCACAAUAGUAGAGAGUGAAGUACACAAACCAUUGAUGGAGUUUGUUGACUCGAUGACUGAUGUGGCGCCAUUCGAACACUCGAGCUACACAUCAAAGUACGAACUGGACCUCACUCAUAACUUCACAGAGCUGAUACUACUACAUCUAGAGGAUAUGGAGAAUAUACUGAAAGAGAAC